AUGCCAGCGAUGCGAACUAAUAGAGGUUCCGGCCCUAUUUCGGCUGGACGGUCGCUCAUUAACCCUCCGACACUUAUUGAGUAUAAUAAUCUUCGUUUCUUGAUCGCAGAUGCUCCAUCAAACAAUAACUUACAUCUGUAUAUUCAGGAAUUUGAGCGAUAUAAUGUUACUGACGUUGUUCGUGUUUGCGAUCCUACUUACAACAGUGAGCCUCUUGAAAGUCGUGGAAUCGUAGUCCAUGAUUGGGUGUUUGGUGAUGGUGAAGCUCCGCCAUCUCAAAUAGUUCACGAAUGGCUUGAUCUCGUACAAAGUCGAUUCACCGAGUGUUUUGAAGGUACGGAAAAUAAACCUGCUACAAUCGCUUGUCAUUGUGUCGCUGGACUUGGACGGUAA